AUGUUACUAUUACAGGGAAAUCACUACCCUACCCCUUCCUCGUCCGUACCCUCGGGCAUGUAUGAGGAGGAUAUCAUCACACAGAGGGCCAGGGCCUUUCCCCUGGGACACGGACUCAUGCCUACUCCACAGGCCUUUUCGUUCGGAUUUCCCGUCCAUCCAGCUCACGAUCCCAUGGGAUUGCAAGGUCAGAGUCAACAGUUUGGAGGAUAUCCGCCCCUCUCUUCUCACGUGGACCACAAGCGUAUGCUCGGGGGACCAGGACAGGGGGAUGCCACAGACAAGAAUAUCAAGAUAAACCUGGAAAACAGUGACCUAUGGUCCAAAUUCCACGGUAUCGGUACGGAGAUGAUAAUAACCAAGACAGGAAGACGAAUGUUUCCUACGCUAAAGGUCAGUCUAGAGGGUCUUGACCCUCACUCUAAGUAUAUUCUGCUUGUGGACAUUGUCCCCGUGGACGAUUGUCGCUACAAAUACCACAACUCAGAAUGGGUUGUCACUGGUAAAGCAGAACCACACAUGCCCGGAAGAUUGUACAUACAUCCGGAUUCACCAGCUUCCGGUUCCCAUUGGAUGAAACAGCCACUGAAUUUUCAUAAACUCAAACUGACAAACAACAACCUUGAUCAAAACGGACAUAUAAUUCUCAACUCGAUGCAUAAAUACCAAUCCAGGAUUCACGUUGUGCAGGCGAACGAUAUAUUUACCAUGAGGUGGAAUUCCUUCAACACCUAUGCUUUCGAUGAGACCUCCUUUAUCGCUGUCACUGCUUAUCAAAACGAACAGAUCACACAACUUAAGAUUGACAACAAUCCGUUUGCUAAGGGUUUCCGAGACAAUGGAAUGGGCCGAAGGGACCACCGGUUAAGUCUGAAGCGACCAGCCGACGAUGAAAACGUGUCUGACAUAGGAAAAGAAUCGAACUUUGCCAAAAAGAUGAAAACAGACGACGAACUUAGCGACAGAAACAGCAGUUUGAACUCGUCAAAUCGCAUCAAAUCCGAAGACGAAAACGACCCAGUCUCGGACCAUUCGGACGACGUUCACAAUGAUACAUCGGAAACGGAGCUACCUUCGUGUCAAAUCGGCAGCAAGUCUUCAUCAGGAAUCUCUCCCGGCGCUCCCUCUCUCAGCAAGACCACCAGCCCUACCCAGCACAGUGCUUCUAACCCGCCGUCUAACCAGUGUCAGUACCUGGGCGUGGGCUCUAAGUCAUAUAGCAGUCAGUGUAUGGGCAGUGAGCAAGUGUACUAUCCUCACCACACAUCCGUCAACAGAGGUUCCACCAGCUCCUUCCUCCCAGUGUCCACCACCUCCAGCCUCCUUCAACCUGUCGGCUCCUCCAAUCUCCACGCCGUAAGUCCACAGAUGCAGGCGUGUCGCUUGUCAGGUCCGAGCAGUGACUGUGCCCUGAGGCAGUCGUCAAGUCACUUGUCUUCUGGUUCCCAUGGAUACGGUAUCCGGACGUCGCCCCCACAGCACCCUUCACUCCCAUCUUGUACCUACAUGCAACCCUCACAAGCCUACACGUCACACCUCUCGCCAAACGUGCAUAUGAUGAACAUGAACUUUCCUGGUCCAAUGGCGUGA